GUUUGGCCAAGUAACUGAAAAUAUUCUGUCAUAGAAACAAAUGUUCACAAUUUCAAAAUUUGUAAAAUGUGUAAGCCAAACCCGUUUUUCGCCUUUUUUGGAUCAAUUUGGUUGGUUGUAGGUGGAGCUUUGGUGCCGUAUUUACUUUUUUCCGAACCUCAAGGCGACAAAGAGUUUUACAAAACAUUUCUGGCAUACACAAUCUUAUCCAUGUGGGCGGUCUAUCACUUAGCCUUCAUAAUUUUAGUUUGGACUACGACGAAUUGCAAAUUUGUUUUUUCCAUUGCUGUAAGUGGUUUGAUCCUAGGACUUUUAAUCAUAUUCUUUUUGAUCCUUAACAUGGAUCAAAUUCGUGUCUUAGAUUGGCACGAUAUUCCCACGUGGUCUGGGGAAAUUCUUUGGUUUUUGAUUCCUUUUGAGAUUGCCUUAAAUUCACCUCUUAUGGUAUGGGUGACUACCGCAUAUAUUCGGACGUACCCGACGUGGAGCGAAGGCACGCUGGGUUAUACUUUGUAUUGGUGGAUAAGAGAAGAGUAGGUCAUCGAGGACCGUCCAGCAACGAGGCAAGAUAUGAGCGAAAUCCAACCGUACCUGUGACAUAUUCAAAAUCGUAUCGCUUCUAGUCUUUAUGGAUGUAUACAUUGGGUGUAGUGAAAUAAAACAUAUGUUUUCAAUUAGUUUA